CAGAAGAAGUUAAUUUCCGGGAUAAACAAGGACAUGCGUGUGUUAAAUAAGUCUCCUUGUGACUCUGGUGUCCUGUCCCUUAUCUUAGCCGGUGUGUAGCGUACCACCACCAUGGCGGCCUCGGCUCACGUCUCCAGCGUCCGGUCCCUGUACAAGCGCAUUCUGGUCCUGCACCGUUUCCUGCCGAUAGACUUGAGAGCCCUCGGAGACCAGUAUGUGAAAGACGAGUUCAGGAGACACAAAGGCGCAUCAGCCGAAGAGGCGAAGGGCUUCAUGUCGGAGUGGAAGAACUACAAGGACACGCUGCAGACUCAGGUGCUGGAGUCAGCAGGGGGACAGAAGCGCUCUGUGAAGUUCGGCGCCAACCUGUCCGACGGGACACUCGGCAGCUUCCAGGAGGACCAGAUAGGCCAACUGUACGAACUCAUGCUGGAGUCCACCAAAUCCAGCAGACAGUUUGACAUUCAGGAGGACGGGAAGUGAUCAGCGGACUGUGGACAAAAUACAGAUGGUGCUAUGAUGCAUUAACACAUCACCUUCAG